AUGGCGAAUUUGCUUGGCCGUACUUUGACCAGCCACAAGUCAUCUUACAAGCCCCCUGAGAUCCUUAAAGAGGCAUCACUCUACAAAACUGCCAUUAUACCCCAGUCUGACAAUAAAUCAAACCUUAAGCAUACUAAUCAACUGAGCUUGUGUCGGAAAUGGAGCUACGCGGACACCAAGCAUCCAGCAAUACAAGAAUGCAGAUUUAUCCGCCAAGCAGUGGAUGUUACUGAGAAGGGUGAAAUUGAAUAUUGGUCCCCUUCACAACCAUCCGUAACCAAGCGUAUGGCUCUCGAGUGGAUAGACACAGAUCUUUGGCGCUUGCGCCCGCACAGGAAACCGUUCUCGAACCCUAAUCUACCAGCAAUUUUUACCAAGAUCCGUUCUAGAAGCACUUCCAGAAAACUAGAGGAGUUCACACCGGUUUCAGCCUUUUCUGAGGGCGUUGCCAAAAACCACCAAGGCGCUCAAACUCAGGAAAGUCGAGCCCCAGAAGUACGGAGAGACUUGGGGUAUGGUAUUCGUCAGAUAUAUGGUCUUUGGGUGUCACCGUAUGGUCAUCUUGCCCAGAACACCCGGCAAUAA